AUGCCCUCCGUAGUCCAGAACAUUCUAUGGAUCGUCCUGCUCUUGCAGACUGGGAUUUCAGUCACUUUGAACAUCUUUAUAGUAAUUGUUGCUUCCAAAAGCAUGAAGAGUGGACUGAAAGUGUCUCCACCUGAUGUCAUCCACCUGCUGAUGGGACUGAUGAACAUCAUCCUCCAGAGCUGCCUGAUGGUGCAGGGCUUUCUCUAUAUCUUCCACCUUUCUGCCUUGUUCAUCAAGGAGGUUUAUUUACCAAUCAUCGUUCUUAUCCUCACUGUGAUUUACUUCAACUCUUGGCUCAACGCAUGGCUCUCUUCCUUCUACUGCACCAGCAUCGUUAACUUCACACAUCAACUAUUUCUCUGGUCCAAAAAGAUCAUCUCAACUUCCUUGUGGCUCCUUCUCCUGCUGUCAGCUCUUUGGUCUUGUAUCAUAAGUGUCUCAUCCAUCUGGGCGUUUAAUGUUGAGACUGAGUCCAACUCUUUUAAUAACUGUACGGGUGGAAGCUCUUUUAUCAAGGGAACAUUUUAUUUUAGUCAUUUUUAUGUGCAGAUAGCCACCUUUCUGGGCUCUUUCCUGCCCUUCUUGCUAACAUUCCUCUCCAUCUUGCUCACAUUUUCCUCUCUUAUAAAACAUGUAAGAAAAAUGAAGCAGAACUACAAAGGAUUUACUCAACAAACCCACAUCAAUGCCAUCAGAAAAAUGUGCCUGCUGUUCAUACUUACUAUCAUCUUCUACAUUGCCCAGUCCAUGUUUUUCUCAUCUAAACCAAGCUCAUCUCCAGAUGCCCUAGUCAUCAUCAGCUAUUCCGUAAUCCUAAACUUCCCAACUGCAAAUGCCUUCAUUAUAAUCCAAGCAUCCUCUAAAAUUCAGAAGUUAUUUAAGAGGACAUUAUGUCUUAGGAAGUAUGGGAACUAA